AUAGGCUCACAGUAUUACGGCCUUAUUACAGAACAACGCCGGUUGUCUUGCCGCCACGCCGUGCCGCUCCUCGCCUUGACUCAGUCGUCAGUCGGUCGCGACACACACUCCGGACACAACCAAGGAUCUGGACCGAUCAGGAAAAAUGUGGAAGACGCUACUAGUAUGCGAGGUCGUGCUGGUCUCAGCGCACCACCACGACCACAGCCCCUGCAGACUGCUGCAUGACAUCAUGGUGGACUUCGACCUGGACAAUUACAUGGGGGUGUGGUACCCACUUCUCGGGUGGUCAAAUUCGCAAGAAGGAGAAGUCAGAGGAAAGUGCUCUAAGGAAACCAUCAGCAACCACCACGGCAACAUCACCAUUACCGAAGAAACCAUCUCUGAUAGAUCUGGUCCACACACCUCAUCCCAUCACGCAUGGCAGGAUCACCCAAAGGAAGGAAAAAUUACGAUGUGGAUGUUCCACGCCAUCAAGGUGCCUUUCUGGGUUGUGGACACGGAUUACAAGCACUGGUCUGUCGUGUACUCCUGCACGGGUGACGAGACAGACUAUCUUAAAACGUUGCUGGUGUUGGGGAGAGGCCGCGACUUCUCCAAGCUCUGGAAGGACCCAGAGGCGAAGAAGAGCAUCAGAAGAUCACUGAGAAGAAGCAACCUGCUUAGGCUCAGGGACUUGACCAGUAUCAACCAAACAGACUGUGUCAAUUAGAUAAUAUCGACAGUUUUGAUGAACUCACUAAAAUCUUUAACUCCCACUAUUGUGUAAUUGCUUCGUCUCACAGGAAACGAGGAAGAAUAACUACUUCGUUCUAACUUACUUAAUUCGGUACCGUAGGAAACUACAGACUUAAGUUAUUGUAUUUAUUAAUAAUAUAAGAUUAUGUAUAUAGAGUGUAUAUAUGUGUGUUUUACAGCAACGUAUGUACUGUACAGUGUGUGAAUAAAUGUUUUGUACUGUUUGUCACUUGUAAAUUUCAUAUGCAAAAUGUAAGAUAUAUAUGUAUUUAUUUAUACGUUUGUAUUUGAAUAGUACUGUGGAAAUAAAUUAUAUAAAUAAUAUGAUUAUUAACGAGA